AUGUUUAAUGACAAGAAAAGAGAAGAUGAUCAGCACUCAAAGUUCCAUCUCAGUGGAAAGGGUGUGGAUGACGGCUUUUUUAGAAUUGAUGAAAAUGACGGCAGGGUGUUUCUCUUAAAAAAAAUUGACAGAGAGGAAACCCCCCAUUUCGAGAUGAAGUUUGAAAUCUUGACGGACGGCCUUUCACUAGACGAACCAUUAACUAUAAUUGUAGAUGUAGAGGACAUCAAUGACAAUGCACCUAUUUUUAAGAAUCUUCCCCUGAUUUUCAAUGUAAAGGAGAACACAAAGGGGAUCUUGCCAGUGGUGCUGGACGUUUUUGACAAGGAUCAGGAGGACACGCCUAACUCUAAAAUCACCAUCCGUAUGCUUAAUCAGGAACCGGCAGAACCCAAGAUUGAGUUGAAACAGCUCAGUAACACAAGGGCCCAGCUCACAAUUAAAGGAUGUUUUGACUACGAUAAAAUCAAGACAUAUAAAGUUACGGUUGAAGCAAAAGAUCAUGGGAAAGGAUUUUUAUCCUCCACUGCUGUUGUUACUCUCAAUGUUGUUGACAUAAACACCCAUCUACCAAAGUUCAAGAACAAAAAGUUCUAUGGUGAGGUGUUUGAAUCACAGCUCAAAAAGAACGUUUUGAGAGUCGAAGUAGAAGACAAAGACACUCGGAACACUCCUGGAUGGCGGGCCAAAUAUUUCUUUGUUGACAAAAAAGAGGAAGAAUUUUUCCAAAUUGAAGCUGACCCUAAAACAAAUGAAGGUAUUCUGCACUUCAUUAAGGAAAAGCAUUAUGAGAGGACAAUUAAUAUAACCUUGGAGAUCGGAGUAGAGAACGAAGAACCCCUUUUUGUUUGUGCAGACAAAUCAACCGGCACAAUCACACUUCCACCUAUAGAUAAAAUCAACGUCACAAUAAAAAUGUUUGAGGUCAAUGACGCACCGCAGUUUGAGAAAGAGCAAGUUGAUGUGUACCUAAAGGAAGAGGAGGAGCCGGGGAAGUGUUGGUUCCCUCCAAAGAUUACUGAUGCUGACUCUGACCCAGAGAACAUCAGGUUUGUGCUAACAGAAGAUCCAGCAGGUUGGCUGACCAUUGACCCGAUUACAGGAAAAGUCACAUCGGUGAAGAAAAUGGACAGAGAAUCACCCUUUGUUGAGAAGGGCAUUUACAAAGCAGUCAUCUGCGCCAUUGAUGACGGUGAACCUCCAGCCAACAGUACAUGCCCGCUCCUGUUCCACCUGGGGGAUGUCAAUGACAACAAGCCAAAGCUGGCAAGCAAAAUUAUCAUUAUGUGUGGAAACAAGGGCAACAAGGCCAUGGUGCCUGUCAUAGACCCAGAUGAUCCUCCAUACAGUGGGCCCUUUGCCUUUUCUCUGGGCGGUGAUGAUGAAAAUCUGAAGACGCAAUGGAAACUAGACCCUGAUGUCGGUACGGAAGGCGGCCUUGUUAGCCUGACGCCACUUGCUUAUGGCAACUACUCCGUGCCACUGGAGAUUAAGGACCAACAGGGCAUGGGCGCACAAGAGACCGUCAAUGUGAUAGUGUGCAACUGUGGAGAAGCAGACGUUUGCCCAGCCAGAGGGCCGCUAUCAACCAGCCUCGGGUCCGCUGGUGUUGGAUCGAUUAUUCUGGGAUUACUCAUAUUUUUAUUGCUGCUACUCGUCUUUAAAUGUAAGUGUGGACAAGGGGCGAUGAAACACAUCACCCUCCCGCACGAUGAGGGCAGCCAGACCCUUAUGAAGUACAAUGAAGAAGGAGGCGGCGCUGCAAGCACAGCUAUGCCCACUAUGCCCUGGAUAUCUUCAAAUGGUGUAACUGUGACUGACAGCCGGAAAACGUCCAACGGGCAGAAAGUCUACUUGGUUGAUGGAGACAUUAUCAACCGCCCGACGCAACAGCCCUUUGAAUAUGCCUACGAGGGUCAGGACAGCGAAUGCCAGUCACUGGAUAAGCUGUCCCUCAGCAACCUGGGUGAUGAUACAGAGUUUCUGAAUGAUUUAGGCCCAAAGUUCAUGACCUUGGGCAACAUCUUUCACCAAACAGCUCCAGACAACAACACACAGAUUUGAGGGUUACAGCUGGAAUAUGAGUUUUACAUCAAGUAAGGCACUCGUCUUUACCCUGCACGCCAGCAUGGCGGUUUGUGUGUGUGUGUGUGUUUGUGUCCCACACACACAGACAACAACACAGGGGCUGAUGUUUCUCAAACUUAUCUCCAGAUUAUUCGUUUUUGGAGCAGAUCAGUCAAAGGUCAAGGUCAAGGUCGACAAAAAUAUGGUGCAUAAGGACAGGUUUUCAUUCCUGAUCAUAUUGUAUCAAUGACGUAGAAAAGUCAGCAGUUUAAUGUGGUAUAUAUGGUGCAUGUUCAGGGUAAUCAUCGCCCCUUUCAGUGUUUUCCA